AUGCCCAAUUCAAUGAAAGACCCACUUAAUGAAAAACAGAGUGAGGCAGGCACAAACGACCGACCAGAUUCUAUAAGGACAACUACUACAAUGAUGCCUGAAACAAAUUGGAACAGUAUUUACACUGCAAGUAUGCUUUCCUUCAUUGGAACAGUCCAAUUCUCACUUUAUUUCUCUUCAAUGUGGCCAUACGUACAAAUUAUUGACCGCUCAAUAAACGAAACAAUGUUUGGAUGGAUUAUAGCCAUAUACAGUGUUGGACAAAUAAUUUCUGCCCCAUUAUUCGGCUAUUGGAGUAACAAAAUACAACAAGUCCGUCUUCCCCUUUUUGUUGGACUAGCACUUAUGUUUAUGGGAAAUCUUUGUUAUUUGAGGAAUGUUUGUUUACUGAGAACAUAUGCCUCAACAGCCUCCACUAGCAAAGAUCGUUUACGAGCUAUAGCUUUUGUCACUUGCGGACAGGCACUAGGUGCAACCAGUGGUCCCGCAUUCCAACUUUUAUUCACUUCAUUUACAUAUCCGGGUACUACACUCCUCGGACAUUUACGAUUUAAUUUGUUUACUGGACCUGCAUUUUUGGCUUGUACAAUGAAUUUAUUUGGUACAAUUAUUUUGCUAUUUAUUUUUAAAGAAGUAUAUGCGGGUCUACACCAUGAAGAAUAUAAUAAAAUUGUUCGGGUUGAAAAUGGGGAAAGCAACAGAUCAGAAACAGCUACAACAAAGGCAAGUUUUUACAAAAGUGUUUUACAAUCAAUAAAAAUUGUAAAAAAGGUUUUACAAUUCCUUCAAGUUUGUAAAAAAGUUUUACCUUUUCUUUUUGAUUCAAGGUUUUACAAUUCUUAUUUUAGAUUUUUACAAAUUGGAUCAGUAAAUUCUCUAACAUCUUCAUUGCCUUCAAAAUUACCCCCCUACGAUUUAAUUGCUUGUUUUGUUUGUUAUCUAAGCCGGUUUACCCAAAUGUUUGUCCAAACAAAUUUGGAAACAAUAGGAAGUCCUUUUUCUAUGACAAUGUUUGGAAUGACUGAACAAAAAUCGGUGGAAGUUAUUUCUAUUGCCCAAGCAUUGGUUGGCUCUAUAACUUUUGCUACUUACAUUUUUUAUAUUUAUUUUAAAUCUUCGAAUAUGGAAUUAAAUUUCCGUCUAAGUUGUAUUUUGUCUAUAUUAGGCCUUGGAGCUUUUCAUAUAGUUACUUUUCCGUGGCCUUUCCUUAGCAAUCCGCUACAAGUUUAUACAGAGAAAGAAAGACUUGCUUAUAAAGUCGAACAUUUACCUGCUGACUUGGAACCUGUUGGGUGUAAUACAGAUAAAUUUGAGUGGGUUUUUAAUAUUAUUGUAAAUUAG